GUGUGCACCCCCCUCCUCCUCUUCCGGUCCUCUUCGCUGCUGCCGCGCGUGUGCAUCUCCUUCGUUUCUUCUAAAGAUGGGCGGCGGUGGGGGGAAGAGGGAGAAGGCGGAAGGGAGUGACGUAGACGAGCAUGAAACACGGGAUAAGAAGAAGACGAAGAAGGGGACGACGCUUCCCUCGAUGAUCAAGAACAAGGAGAAGAGGAGUGCCGUCCAUGCCAAGCUCAAGCGUGAGAAGAAGAUCGAGAAGCGGAAGCAGGCCAAGGAACGAGACGCUGCCAUCAAGCGAGCCCUCGACCUCGGCGAGGAGCCUCCGGAGAAGAAGGUGCCGCGGACGAUCGAGAACACCAGGGAGGUCGAUGAGACUGUCUGUCGACCUGAUGAUGAAGAGUUAUUUGCAGGGAAUGAUGCCGAUGAAUUUAGCCAAGUCCUGAAACAAGAAGUGACGCCAAAGAUAUUAAUCACCACAAAUCGUUUCAAUUCCACAAGAGGUCCUGCCUUCAUUCAAGAGUUAUUGUCUGUGAUUCCAAAUGCUCAUUACCAUAAGAGAGGAACCUAUGAACUGAAGAAGAUUGUUGAAUAUGCAAAGAACAAAGACUUCACUUCAGUUAUGGUGGUCCAUUCAAAUCGGAGGGAACCAGAUGCUCUGUUGAUCAUAAACUUGCCUGAUGGACCUACGGCACAUUUCAAACUAUCUAAAUUAGUCUUGCGGAAGGAUAUUAAGAAUCAUGGCAAUCCUACAGACCAUAAGCCGGAGUUAGUACUGAACAACUUCACCACACGUCUUGGUCAUCGUGUUGGAAGGAUGAUACAGUCACUAUUCCCUCAAGACCCCAACUUUCGUGGUCGUCGAGUUGUAACAUUCCAUAACCAGCGAGACUUCAUUUUUUUUAGACAUCACAGGUAUAUAUUUGAAUCCAGAGAGAAAAAAGAUGACUCCAAGGACAAGGCUGCCAAGAGCAAGAAUAUAACUCAAGAGAAAGUGAUUGUACGCCUUCAGGAGUGUGGCCCUCGCUUUACACUUAAAUUGAGGAACUUGCAACAUGGAACAUUUGAUUCAAAGGGUGGAGAGUAUGAGUGCGUUCACAAGCCGGAGAUGGACACGAGCCGCAGGAGGUUUUUCUUGUAAGCCAGAGAUUUUGCUUCAGAAGAAGACCUCCCAUUUUAUUAUGGGAACUCUUCUACAAACAUGCCAAACCACAUUUGUUAUUGAUUUUAAUUGUAGUCGUUUCUUUCCCCACUGUAUGUGGAGGGUUCGAUCAAGUGUGGGCAGGAUUUCUCUGCAUCAAGAAAUAAGUUAAUUAGCUUGCAGUCCAAUUACAAUGGUUUCUGGGCCUUUUGUUUCGUAGAGCAUUUGGUUAAGAUUGGUCAAAAGCCUCUCUGAUAAAGAGUGGCUGUCCCUUUGCUGGAAGGGAAGGAGAUGACCUCUCUCUUAAUCGGCUUUAGAGCAAAGACCCGCUUGGGAGUCGUAGGAGAAUGUCAAACUGAACUAAAAGGAUAUGUAUUCUGCAAUCAGAUAUGAACGAAAUUGUUGAUGUUAUAUGUAUGUUUUAAUACCAUUUUUAAAUGCUUUAUU